AUGGCUAUCACUAUCGAAGAAGUCGAAUCCCCUCACGAGUGCGCCACAUCCUUCGAGGUCGUGGUCCACAACCGAACCGUGUGCGCUCUCGUCACUCGCUGCCCCAGCGCCGUCGACUUGUGGAUCUCCGUCCAUCUACUCUCCGCCCGUGACUACCCCCGGACGGUCGGGUUCGACAUCAAGUGGCGACCGAGCUUCGCCCGCGGCGUCCGCCACCCCGUCGCCACCAUCCACCUCUGCAUCGGCCGCUGCUGCCUCGUCUACCAGAUCCUCCGCGCCCGCUGCCUCCCCCGGUCGCUCUACCUCGCCCUCCGCGACCCGAGGUUCGUCUUCACCGGCGUCCGGAUCGCCCCCGACGCGGCGAAGCUGAGCGAGGACUACGGCCUGGAGGUGAAGAAGGCGGUGGAUCUGGGGAAGCUGGCGGCGAGGGAGACGAACCGGAGGGAGCUGAGGAGAGCGGGCUUGGCGACGCUGGUGAGGGAGCUCAAGGGGCGAGACCUGAAGAUCCCGAGGGAGAUCGCGCUGGGCAAGUGGGACGCGAGGCGGCUUACCCCUAGGCAAGUGAAGUACGCGUGCGCCGACGCUUACUACUCGUUCCAGCUGGGGCAUCUGCUGCUGUUCGAUGAGAUUUUCAUGAUGUGGGUGAUGAAGUGGUUUGGCUCUUUGCAGCGUCCUAGCGACGAGGGUCAGUACCUCGACGACAUGCUGGAGGAUCUGAGGUGA